AUGUCCGAUUCGCCUACAGCACACGCGCCCGACAGUCCUCGCCCCACGAAACGCGCCCGCGUGCAAGGGCAGAAAAUGGCCGACAUGGACGAUUGGGACGACAUUUAUCAACAUGCAGAGUCCAAGGUGCCCGAGACGGAACCUUCCUCGACCGACGCUCCCAUCUCCUCGGAUCUUCCUCAACCCACCAGCGAUGCCACCGAACCACCCAGCACUGGUUUCGCUCCCCCAACUCCACACUCUCACCCCAACCCUGCCCCUCCUACAACAGAAACGGAAGAUGGAAUUCCUGCAGAGGCGAUAUCCACGGGAGAGGAUCUGGUGGCAGAGGGGAACGCGAUCGAGGGAGCACACGAGGCGACAGAGGACAAAAUCCUCUCGGAAACGACUCAAAUCUCUCGCGAUCCUCCCGUCUCAGAUGAUCACCUCAUGAUCGAUGCCCCGCAGAAUAGCGUCAAACCCGCCGACGAUCCCGAAUUCCUCGCCGCUGCCGCUGCUCAAAAAGGUGACAAGGCCUCGGAAUGGCAAUUCGAUUCCUCAGACGCCGAAUCCUCCUCCUCCGAAUCCUCCAGCGACGAUUCUUCCAGCGAUGAGGGCAGUGAGGAGGAUUAUGAAAUGUUGGAUCCCGCUGCUCUGGCAAAGAUUCUCAUGAGUGGGGAUGGGGAGGAGGAGGAAGGCGCGGCCAAGAAGGGAGGCAAUCUCGCCGACAAUGCUCCCCGGACGGCGAAUGAGGUCAAAGACGUCGUCGUCGUCAAACCGGACGUGGAAAUCACUCCCACCACCAAAAUCACGUUGCUGGGGAAUGUGGAGCGCGUGGUGGAGAACAUGGCCUUGAUCAAAGGUGCCACACCCGGCGAAUACCAGGUCCUGGAAUCGGGAAGUGUGCUGUGUAAUGAAGCGAGAGAGGUCUUGGGCGUUGUGGCCGAUACCUUUGGCCGCGUCCAAGAACCGCUCUACAGCAUCGCCUUUACAAACUCCCAGGCAAUCUCCGAUGCGGGACUGGAGCACGGAACAAAGGUCUACUAUGUCGAUGAACACAGCACCUUCGUCUUCACCCAACCCUUGAGGAACUUGAAAGGUACAGACGCGAGCAACAUUCACGAUGAAGAAGUCGCAGACCACGAGGCCGAAUUCUCCGACGAUGAGGCGGAAGCGGAAGCCAAGAGAGCGAGGAAACAAGCCAAGCAAGCCGCGAGAGGUGGUGGUGCGGYGGGAGGUAGGGGCGGUAGAGGACGAGGAGGGAGAUCAUUCGGCGCUCCCGGCCAUGAUUCUGGACAAUAUCCACCACGCGAGGGAGAUGCCCCCAUGCAGCAAUAUGGAGGCGGCAUGAGUUAUGAUGAUGACGACCACGUGGAAGCAGGAGAGCCCGCGCAGGAAUUCUACGAACCGUUGAAGAGGCCCGAGAAUCUGGCCCAACUGAUGGCUGGUGGUGUUCCUCCUCCACAAUCUGCUCCUAGAGGAGGRGCAUCUUCAAGAGGAGGCGCAGAAGGUCGGGGACGUGGACGUGGGGAUCGAGGCGGCGGGAGAGGGAGAGGUGGUGAUCGUGGACGAGGCGGAGAUCGCGGCGGCGGCAGAGGAGGGAGAGGAAGAGGAGGAAACAACGACAACCACCAAUUCCGAGGCAACGCACAUUCCUUUCCAGAUCGUCAUAAUUCUUCUUCUGUUGUCACAGCACAGCCAAAGCAGGCCGUGUCACAUGGUCUUCCGAGCAAACCGACGGCUCCUCAGGGUGCUUUACUGGAAACCCCUCCUCUCCCGCAGCAACAGCAGCCACAAGCGCAGACCUAUCAGUUUGGAGGAUAUCAAUUCCAAUACGGACAACCUCAACAAGCUCCUCCUGCAGUCACGUAUCCUCCCCAGCAGCAAAUGCCACCUGGAGGUGCAUAUAUCAAUCCCGCCUUCUUUCCUCAGCAUGCCCAACAACAACAUCCACAACAUCAACAGCAGCAGGCAUAUGCUCAACAAGCUCAGCAGGCAUCAUAUGCCCAGGCAGGACAGCAGCAAGCUUGGAAUGGUGGUAAUGCCGCUGCGGUGGGAGGUUAUCCGCAGGGAGGGCCACAAGGGUAUGCAGGGUACCCCGGACCGGAGACUUGGGGACAUCAGCAACAGGGCGGUGGUGGUGGAGGAGCAGUUCAACAGCAGCAACAGCAGCCGAAUCUGGCGGAGAUUUUGAAGAAUCUGCAGGGUGGUGCGCCUCCUCCUCCUCCUCAUGCAUCGGGUUGA